GUUUCGCCCACUUUCUUUUUGUAUAGUGGACGCUGUAAGAUCGGCCCCGACAGUUGGCCGUGCGGGAAAUUACCGAAGGCCCCAAGGCCAUAUCGCACACUUAAGGAUGCAAGCGAGGCUUGCUUUAAAGCAUACCACCUCUGGACCAACCCUCCGGCGCAACCAGGCAUCUCGGCUGCCCCAACGACUCCUGCCCGCGUCAUCCGCGCCCCGGCACUCCCGCGCCAUGAGCAGCAGUACGACAACCAACACGGCCGCCGCCGCUGCUGCUGCAGGAGCAGCUGCCGCGGGCUCCCUGGAGCCCCUCGUGUCGGUUGACUGGCUCGCUGAGAGGUUCAACGACCCUGCCGUACGCAUCCUGGACACCGCCUGGUACAUGCCCGUACACCAGCGUAACAACCACGCGGACCACCGAGCCGCUCGCAUUCCGGGAGCGCGGUUCUUCGACAUCGACGGAGUUACGGCCGACCCGCGGGUCGCUCAGGGGCUGCCGCACAUGCUGCCAUCAGAACAGGGUUUCGCCGCCGCCAUGGACGCACUGGGUAUUACUAAUGAUUCCACUGUCGUACUGUACGACCAUCUGGGGAUUUUCUCGGCGCCGCGUGUGUGGUGGACCUUCAAGGUGUUUGGACACGACAGGGUUACCGUGCUGCAGGGCGGUCUGCCCGCCUGGCGAGCCAGGGGGCUGCCCCUGGAGUGCGACCCCGCCCCCCCGGAUGAGAUCAUGUUCGCAGCUAGCAGGGCGUGCGCCGCGCCGCCGCCCGCCACCAGCUACCGAGCGGUGCUGGAUGGGAGCAAGGUCCGCACCCUGGAAGACAUGGUGGCCAACGCCACCAGCCGCAAGGAGCAGGUGAUGGACGCCCGCAGCUGGGGCCGCUUCAUCGGCACGGAGCCCGAGCCGCGGCCCGGCUUGCGGGGCGGGCACAUCCCAGGUUCCCGCAGCCUGCCCUUCCCCACCCUGCUAGAAGGCGGCGCCUACAAGCCCGCCGAGCAGCUGCAGGCCGCCUUCCGCGCCGCCGGGGUGGACCCGAGGCGGCCGCUGGUGGGCAGCUGCGGCUCGGGGCUCACCGCAUGUGUGCUGGCGCUGGGGCUGUACCUGGUGAAUGGAACACUGGCGCCCAUUUACGACGGCUCCUGGAGUGAGUACGGCGCGAGGGAGGAUGUGCCCGUCAGCACCUCGGAGGAGGACCCGUGAGGGGGCAGGGAAGCAGCGCAAGAGAGACCCAUGGGUCAUCAUGAGGGCAGGGGAGGGCGCUGUGAGGGCGAAGAGGAGGCGAGAGGACGAGCGGAUUGGGAAGCGAACAAACGGAUUGCAAACGAGGCACACCUGGUGGUUGAAACGCGUUGAACGCGAGUGCUGCCGGUGGUGUCGUUCAUGUCCUCCGUGUGGGCUGUCGGAAGGGGCUCGAGCGUACGGAGGCCCUGGAAGACGGAACGUCGCGGUGGUGGUGGUGUCCUGGUGCAGUUAGCGGAGUGAGCCGCCGCGAGCACACCCGACACCCCAGCCACAGCGCCUACCGUUAUAGUCGUAUCGCUGUUGAUUACCCCCCGAAGCCCGAACUCUCCAAUACCGGUAUACCGGUAUAAUAAAUAUAUUUACACGACGUGCUGGCUACUUGGUUGAUUAAUACCAUAUAAAUCGCACGACCGCCCAGCUCUUCCUGUAAAUAAUGUAUACUGUAAUGUACAUGGAAAACGGACUAAAA